AUGUUUGAGGGUAGCACCAGCAUUAACUUUAGUCCCGAUGCAGAUAUCCCUGCAUUGACUGGCAAGGUGAUUUUGGUCACGGGAGGCAGUAAUGGACUCGGCAAAGAAUCAAUCUUGCAGCUAGCAAAGCACGAGCCUACUGAGAUCUGGAUGGGAGCCCUAUCUAUCAAGUUCCUCCUUAUGGACCUGGGAUCCCCUGCAAGCAUCUCUGAAGCUGCCAAUAACUUUAGAAAGCAAUUAUCGCGCCUUGACAUUCUGAUGCUAAAUGCUGGUAUUAUGAUCACUCCUGCUGGACUAACUGAUGAUGGAUAUGAGAUCCAGUUUGGUACUAACUAUAUGGGGCAUGCCUUACUUACCCAAUUAUUGCUGCCUACCCUUCUUAACACAGCCGCUUGGCCAAACUCUGACGUCUGCGUCGUUGUUCUCUCUUCCGAAGCCUAUAAUAUGGCACCAGAUAAAGGAAUUCUAUGGGAUAUACUGAGAACGGAAGCCAAUGAUAUUACCACCCGCGCUCGAUAUGGACAGAGCAAAGUGGCCAACAUUCUUUAUGCUCGGGAGCUCAGUAAACGGUAUCCCCAAAUCAAGGCCGUCUCUGUUCACCCCGGCUUGGUGAAGACGAACUUGGGGCAUGAAUCAGCCAGUAAGAGCCUUCUGUUGAGAACCGCCUUUACUGUUGCGAGGGCAGUUAUGGGUGUCGAUGUAGCUACUGGGGUGCUGAACCAGCUAUGGGCAGCCACGGGUAAGGGUGUCAAGGGUGGAGAGUAUUAUGAGCCUGUCGGGGUUACAGGUCGUGGCAGCAAGUGGACCAAGGAUAAGGAGCGGCGGAUAAGCUGUGGAAAUGGACUGAGAAUGAGAUUGACGGUUAUAAAGCCGAGGACUGACACCGCGCCCGGUGGGAGACGGUUAACCUUUCAGCAUAAAGAUAUCCAGCGUGGACCGGCUGAAUCUGCACCUGAGGCGGCAUCUGCAUAG